GCCUUCGCCGCGGUGGCGCUGGCGGCUUUGCCCGGGAGCUGGCGGAGGCGGCGCGGAUGGUGAGAGGAGCCGCCCGGCAGCGCCUGCCCCGCACCGGCCCGGCCUCCAGAGCUCCAGGCCCGGCGGAGAAUCCCUGCCACAAGUGGAAGCCUAGCUGAGCCUGGAAAACCUUAGCCAAAAGACGGCAAACCACAGGGAAGUGGAAACGUGUGUGAUAAGGAAGACUCUGCCAAUGAUGUGAUUCAGUCUGAAUAUUUUUAUAAUGUAUUUUCUGAAUGGUGUUAUUUUAUAAUCAUCAUGAAGACAAUUUGGAUACGUAGUGAGUUCCUUCACGAGCAGUCUCUGGUAAGAAGACAGGUUGUUCCCUCUGCUUUCGGCAGUUUCCUUCCAUGAGCAGAAAAAGUGCUUUUGCCCUCUGCUUCAGUAAUAGCUCCAAACCUACAUGCUGAUUGCUGUAUCAGGAGGCUGAGCAUGCAGAAUAUUCUCCAAUGUUUUGUAUUCUGUUUGAUAAUAUCUCCCCCCCGCCUUUUUCUCUCUGUUUUUCUAACUUUCCACAAACUAGUGUUGUGUUAAAUAUCUAGGAGCUGGCUGGGCUUGGAGUAGGGUUUCAAAAUAUGCCUUAAUUGUAUUGUAAUUAUGACCUGAAAGAGGUUUUUUCUUCAUUUCUCUGCAACAAGCAUUUUUCCUGCCUUCUGAUACCUUUCAGAUCGGCAGGCAGUGAAUUUUCUGGCAUAUCUUUUACUGAUUGCGUAAGUGGCCCUCUUUGCAGUGGGGCUAGCGGACUCCCUCAACGUGAGAACUGCAGUUGGUUUUACUUGCCUGCCCCAGGGCUAACAUGGAUGCCGUUGGCCAAUGUUAGCAGUAGUUGGGGUAGCUGGAUAGUAUAACUUAAGGGUAGCAUAAAAUAAAAUCGACUUUACCAUUAAGUUAAAGGAAUGAUACACAGACUGUAUGAAACAUACUUUGCCAUUUAAGCAAGCUCCUUAAUUUUUGAAAAUGUAUCUGAAGCUACUCUAGAGUGCCUGGUCUACCGCAGUGGAGCGCUGCAGAAUCCAAGAGCCUCGCCACAGGAUUUAGGUCACCCUUGCUGCGGAGCACACAGGACCUGGGGUAUUGUCCCUCUUCCUGAAAUUCCUGAAUCACCUCCUGGCUGCGUCUGACAUCUGGUUUUUAGCUCUCACUCUUCGCUUCGAUUUCAUAUGACUGAGUUUGCCCUAAAAGAAAUCAUGUCAUCAGGAGGAGCUGAAGAUGAUAUUCCUCAAGCAGAGAGGAAAACAGUGACAGACUUUUGCUACUUAUUGGAUAAAUCUAAGCAGCUAUUCAAUGGCUUAAGGGAUUUACCUCAGUAUGGGCAAAAGCAGUGGCAAUCCUAUUUUGGGCGAACAUUUGACGUUUACACCAAACUCUGGAAGUUUCAACAGCAACAUCGACAAGUAUUGGACAAUCGGUAUGGGUUGAAGCGGUGGCAAAUUGGGGAAAUUGCUUCCAAGAUUGGGCAGCUCUAUUACCAUUAUUACUUGCGCACUUCAGAAACCAGCUAUCUCAAUGAAGCUUUCUCCUUCUAUUCAGCAAUUAGGCAGAGGUCAUACUACUCCCAAGUCAACAAAGAAGACAGGCCUGAAUUAGUGGUUAAGAAGCUGCGUUACUAUGCAAGGUUUAUAGUGGUUUGUCUCUUGCUCAACAAAAUGGAUGUUGUAAAGGACCUUGUAAAGGAGCUGUCAGAUGAAAUCGAGGACUACACUCAUCGUUUUAAUACUGAAGAUCAGGUGGAGUGGAACCUGGUUCUUCAGGAAGUGGCAGCGUUUAUUGAGGCAGACCCUGUCAUGGUUUUAAAUGACGACAACACCAUUGUAAUCACCUCUAACAGGCUUUCUGAAACAGGAGCUCCAUUGCUAGAGCAGGGAAUGAUAGUGGGACAGCUUGCUCUUGCAGAUGCACUGAUUAUUGGGAACUGCAACAACCAGGUCAAGUUCAGUGAAUUAACAAUUGAUAUGUUCCGAAUGCUACAAGCACUUGAAAGGGAACCAAUGAAUUUAGCGUCACAAAUGAACAAACCUGGAAUGCAGGAGUCCACGGAGAAACCAGCCAGGCGGGAAAACCCCCAUAAAUAUCUACUUUAUAAACCAACUUUUAGCCAGCUAUAUACAUUUUUAGCAGCAUCAUUUAAGGAGCUGCCUGCAAACAGUGUACUGCUGAUUUACUUGUCUGCCACGGGCGUGUUUCCAUCAGGUCGUUCGGAUAGUGAAGGUCCAUAUGAUUUUGGUGGUGUUCUGACAAAUAGCAACCGGGACAUUAUAAACGGGGAUGCUAUACACAAGCGAAACCAAUCUUACAAGGAGAUGCACUGUCUUCACCCUGGAGAUCUCUACCCUUUCACAAGAAAGCCUCUGUUUAUCAUUGUGGACUCUUCAAACAGUGUCGCCUAUAAGAAUUUCACAAACUUAUUUGGACAACCAUUGGUGUGCUUGCUUUCUCCAACAGCAUAUCCAAAAGCAUUACAAGAUCAGUCUCAGCGGGGUAGCCUCUUCACACUCUUUCUGAACAAUCCUUUAAUGGCAUUCCUGUUUGUCUCUGGAUUAUCAAGCAUGCGCAGAGGAUUGUGGGAGAAGUGUCAAGAUUACCUUAGAAAAAUCAACCGAGAUAUUGCCCAGCUGCUGACUCACUCCCGGUCCAUAGAUCAGUCCUUUCUUCAAUUUUUUGGGGAUGAAUUUCUUCGCUUGCUUCUAACAAGAUUUAUCUUCUGUUCGGCUACUAUGAGGAUGCACAAAAUUUUCCGGCAGGAGACUCGAAAUUAUCCAGAAUCUUAUCCUCAGCUGCCAAGAGAUGAAACGGUGGAGAACCCUCACCUCCAAAAGCACAUUUUGGAGCUGGCUUCCAUACUGGAUGUUAGGAAUGUUUUCCUGGAAAACACCCUCGAUGACUAUUAAAAGAAACUGUCUUACUGCAAAGGGAUUUCCCUGGCCACAGAUUUUGAAUGGUGCAGUUUUAUAAUGUGAAAAUCAUAAAAGGAAGUACUUGAUUUUAUUUUUAAAUUUAGGACCAUUAUUUUAAAAAGUAAUAAUAAACAGCUGUUAGUUUAGCUGUUCCAUUCUGUACGGGGUCAAUUUUAUAAGCAGAAGUUUUCAUGUCUUUUAAAUGUUAAACUAAAGAAUCACUAGAGGUUUAUUUCUGGUCUUGUGGCUAUCAACCACAUUUCCAACAGCUGAUCCUAAGCAUAGAAGUAUUAUUGGUUACCUUUAGCCCACAUUUGUGGAAAUCCUUUAUUUUUAUACAAUUUUAAGAAAUUGGAAAAAAUCAAUAGAAAAACAAUAUUUUAUCCCCAAAGAGUCUGGAUUUGAAAUGGUAAAAAUGGAACCACACAGUGCAAACCAACAAUAGCAAUAAAACAGAGUCCUUCAUAACAAAUAUAUUUUUUCAGCCUUAGGCAAGUAAGUAGACAAAACUGUGGACAAUUAAGUUGCAUUUGGAGCAGUGGGUUUGAAGUGAAGUUGUAAAGAUACUUUAUGCUCCCUAUAAAUUUGACGCAAUUUUAUAUAUAAACUGUGUACUGCUGGCCAAGGAUGCAACUUCCACUCUGCCUGAUCAGGUAGAUGGUUAGCAGAUGAACACAUUACGAAACUAAGAAAGCUAACCCCCAUCUCUCACUCUAAUAUGGGUCAUCUUGCCACUUGUGCUGCUGCCACAAUUUUCCAGGAGGAGGGCGCAUUCUUCAUUUUGAGGUACUAGAUAGAAAUUCUUACAUUUCCAGCAGGUGUUAUCCCUCCUUUCUGUGUGUGGAUGGAACGUGUGGCUCCUGCAGUGUUACCAUCCCUGAUAGGAGCUGAAAAAAUGUCCCAUAUAGUGCUAAAUACGAGCCCCUCCUGUCACUCCUGUAUCUGAGCCAUCUGUGCUGGUUCCCUAUGCCCUAGGAGAGACGCUGAUGCUCCUCUUGCAGGUUAAACAAAGUGGGUGCUGCCACAAAUCCCUGUUAAUGUUUUGCAUGCCCAUCAGUCCUGUCUCAGUCCUAUCUUUGAACCAGUAAAACUGAGGGGCUGUAAUUACGUGUGGUCACGCUAUGUGUUCCCUCAGCCCAUAACACUCAGUCUGGGUACGUUACGGAGUAGGGUGGCCUUUGUAAAGGCACUUGCUGGAGAAGGCUAUUCUGACUGCUGGGAAAAGUGCUUGCUGACUCAUUUGGACUGUACUGCCUUCCUUGCAGAGCUGGAGGACCUCUUUCACCUCCUGACAGUGAAGUUGUGAGCAAGGAGAAGGAACCAAAAAUAUUUAAAACUAUUCAAUGAAAAAGUCCAUUUUCACUGUUCUGUGUGCUGCUAGAACAGAAGGGAGAGGACAAAUCUAAUUGGUGCUUUUAUGUUGAACCCCAGCUAUGCCUCUAUUUUUCGGUGGAAAAAAUGCAGAAGUUGGUGACUACCAUCGUAUCAUGGUAGGCCUGUUUGCAAUGCCAUCAUACGAGGUAUGAGCUAGUCAGCCGGAAUAGUGAAGGGCAGCAGAUCAGCACUGAUGGACCCCAUUCAGCCAAAGAGAGCACAGUAUGGAACAGCAAGAAUUGCUGGAGUGUAGCUGGGAAGUCUGCAUGAAGGUUCUUUGGGGCUGGGCUGAAGCUUAUGCCAUCCGUUCUUUAAUUUCCCAAGUGUAAAAAAUUCUGUGAAUGCUAGUGUUUGUUCUGAGCAGUCUUGAAGCUGGUAUAUUGAGCCCCCCGCCACUUGGUGCUGCUCUUCUUUGGACUAUGGCAGGACUUUGUUACCUGGGACAUGGAGUUUAUUUUGACAAGUGUGUGUUUGUGUGUGUGCAUGUGUAUUCUAGGCGUUUGUGUGUAUAUGUACAAUACGCAUACAUCUACUGGCUGGUGUAAAUUGUAAAUAUGUAUAUAUGUAUAGGUACUUGUAUAUGUAUUAAAAAGAAUGAAACAGUA